CAAGGUGGUUGUGAGUAGAGUCCUGGUAAAGUUUAACUUCGAAAUGGCCAAGAAAGAAAUUGACAUUAGACUUGCUCAAGCAGUUGAGAAGUAUCCAAUAUUAUGGGACUGUGGAGACGACCUGUACAAACGGACAGACUUAAAGCCAGAAGCCUGGACGAAAGUGGUGGAGCUGGUCGGACCACCGGCGACAGAGGAGUGGGCUGUUAAGAGGUGGAAAUCAAUGAAAGAUACUUUCCAUGAUAAUCACAGAAGAGUGAGAGAGUCAAAAAGGAGUGGCGUCAGUACUGAUGAAAUUGUAAAGCCAACGUGGUACCUGUACAAGUAUUUGACGUAUUUGAUAAAAACCUGUGCGCAGGCAAUAUCAUCCUCUAACUUAACCUGA